AUGACAUUUUCUGAAGCAGGUGGUGUUUCUUGGAGCUUAUGCCAAUAUGCUACAGAGAUAAAAAUAAGGCACUGUGAUGCAUUGUCAAGUGUGAUUCCAUGUUAUACAGCAGGACAAAUGCAAAAGUUUCAAGUGCUGAAAAUAGAGCAUUGCCAAGGGAUGAAGGAAGUAUUUGAAACUCAAGGGACGAGCAAAAACAACAAGAGUGGUUGUGAUGGUGGAAUUCCGAGAGCAAAUAACAAUGUUAUUAUGCUUUCCAAUUUAAAGAUAUUGGAAAUCAUAAGGUGUGAUAGUUUGGAACAUGUAUUCACAUUCUCUGCACUUGAAAGCCUGAGGCAACUCCAAGAGUUAAAGAUAUGGAAUUGCAAGGCCUUGAAUGUGAUUGUGAAGAAGGAAGAAGAUGCAUCAUCAUCAUCAUCAUCUUCUUCUUCUAAGAAGGUUGUGGUCUUUCCUCGUCUCAAGUCCAUUGAACUGGAAAAUCUACCAGAGCUGGAGGGUUUCUUCUUGGGGAUGAAUGAGUUCCGAUUGCCUUCAUUGGAUAAUGUUACCAUCAAGAAAUGCCCAAAAAUGAUGGUGUUUGCAGCUGGUGGGUCCACAGCUCCCCAACUCAAGUAUAUACACACAAUCUUAGGCAAACAUACUCUUGAUCAAAAAUCUGGCCUUAACUUUCAUCAGUUGCAGAGCCCAUUCCCGAGUUUACACGGUGCAACCUCAAGCCCUGCUACUUCAGAAGCUAUACCUUGGCAUUUUCAUAACUUGAUCGAAUUAGAUAUGAAAUCUAAUGAUAAUGUUGAAAAGAUUAUUCCAUCCAGUGAGUUGCUGCAACUGCAAAAUCUGGAAAAGAUAAAUGUAUACUCAUGUUCAGAGGUAGAGGAGAUAUUUGAAACUGCAUUGGAAGCAGCAGGGAGAAAUGGAAAUAGUGGAAGUGGAAGUGGUUUUGAUGAAUCGUCACAAACUACUACUACUACUACUCUUGUCAAUCUUCCAAACCUAACACAAGUGAAGUUGGAGCGUCUACUAAGUCUGAGAUAUAUAUGGAAGGGCAAUCAAUGGACAGUAUUUGAGUUUCCAAACCUAACAAAAGUCACUAUUUGUGAUUGUUCAAGGUUAGAACAUGUAUUUACUAGUUCUAUGGCUGGUAGUCUGUUGCAACUCCAAGAGCUACAUAUAAGUAUGUGCCGCCAUAUGGAGGAGGUAAUUGUCAAGGACGCAAGUGUUGUUGUAGAAGAAGGGGAGGAAAAAAUUGAUGGAAAAAUGAAAGAGAUUGUGUUACCUCGUCUAAAGUCCUUGAUAUUAGAACAACUUCAAAGUCUUAAGGGGUUUAGCUUGGGGAAGGAGGAUUUUUCAUUCCCGUUAUUGGAUACUUUGAAAAUAAAGAAUUGCCUAGCAGUGAGGACUUUCACCAACGGAAAUUCCGCUACUCCACAGCUAAAAGAAAUAGUAACAACUUUUGGCUCCUUUUAUAUUGCAGGGGAAGACGUCAACUCCUUUAUAAAGAUAAACAAGUGGUAA